AUGGCCCUAAGUUCAGAGUCCACAGCAUAUGGUACAAGUUCACUCUCUACUGACGAGCGCUUGAGUUCGCGUUCUGGAGCUCAACGCAAAUGGAUAAAAUGGGGUGGAUUUGGUGCAGGGAUCAUUGCUGUCGGAUUGAUAGUACUGAAAACCUCUUCCGUCUCGGCCUCCACCUCUUCAACUGUGGCCACUGCUACUUCCGAUGAAGGGGACGUCACGUGCUUUCAAAGCUCGUUUGUUAACAAUGUGACAAACAUGAUGGCACCAAUCAAGGGUCUAAAGUGGACGUUGGGAGGUGAGAAGAAGACGAAGUCGUUCAUUUCAAUUGACGUGGACACACAGUUUCAAGAAAUCAUAGGCUUUGGUGGAGCUUUCACCGAAGCGGCUUCGCUUCAGUUCAACAGAUUACCAAAACAUAAACAGGAGGAGGUGCUGACGCUCUACUUUGACAAGGAACAGGGUAGUGCGUACGAUUUCGGUCGAGUACCAAUGGGUUCGUGCGACUUUUCGGUAGCAUCGUACAAUUUUGCCGAGACUGUUGACGAUAUAGAUCUUGUGAACUUCGAUGUAAAUGUAACACAUGAUACAGAGACCAUAAUUCCUUUCUUAAAACGUGCGUUGGAGCGAAAACCGGACUUGAAGCUGUUUCUGGCCCCUUGGAGUCCGCCUGCAUGGAUGAAGCGAUCAAGUUCUGAGUACACCGCGAGUAUGCUUGGGUCUGUAAAGCCAGUUGGACUUAGAGACGAUAUGCGCGCUUCAUGGGCCCUAUACUUCUCCAAAUUCAUCACAGCGUACAAGAAACACGGAAUCUCGUUCUGGGGAUUGACUCCGCAGAAUGAACCUGAGUUUGCGGCCCCGUGGGAAGCUUGUGCCUAUACUCCAGAGUAUCAGGCGGAAUUUAUUGGUGAGUAUCUCGGUCCUGUGCUUGAGCGUGACCAUCCUGGUCUGACAUUAAUGGUGUACGACCACAAUCGUAACAACAUUCAGCAUUGGGCAAAAGUGAUCUAUGGGCAUCCAACUGCUAGCAAGUACGUACACGGCAUGGCCUUCCACUGGUACGAGGAUGGUGCCGACCGGUACAUGGAUGGUGUGGAGUACCCGGAGCAUCUAAAUGAAACCCAUUACAUCGAUCCGAACCGCUUUAUUUUGGCGUCUGAGAGCUGCAACUGUCCCGGUGUCGCUUUCGGUAAGGACGCGUGGUUUCGCGCUCAGCGUUAUGGCCACGAUAUUAUGUCUGACCUGAAUAAUCACGUCGCGGGCUGGGUAGACUGGAAUUUGUUGCUGGACCACACGGGUGGACCUAACCAUAAGAACAAUCUGUGUGAUGCUCCGAUUAUAUUGACGGAAAAUGGGGAUGACUUUCAAAUCCAACCGAUGUAUUAUUUCAUCCAGCACUUUUCUAAGUUCAUUCCGAUCGGAUCCCGUCGUGUGCACGUCAAAGUAGCUGCUCAUUUUACGAAACCAGGUGAUCCGCAGUUGUACCUUAAUUACCAAACUUCUCUUGCAACUUGUGACGGCAGUUCUCGUCAAGCACUUCACAAGACAAAUGAUAACAAAAUGCAAGUGACGAACACGCCCUUUUGCCUGAAUAUGGUGCCGUUGAGCGAAGGUCAGGAAAUUCGUCUUGUGGAGUGUCAGUGGACUCAGCAGACCUGGACAUUUGAGGAGACUACGCAACGUAUACGCCUUGACGACAAGUGCUUGUCACUAAACGAUAAAUCAACGAUGAAUGGUGUGCGUGUGACAGUAGACAAGUGCGAAGCUGAUGUGAAGCCGCACCAGCAGUGGACAUUCAAGGAUGAAGACGGCACAAUGCGCUCGCAAGCAUCGACAGAGAACCAAUGCGUAACAGCAGGCUAUUCGUUUGUCCAAGCUUCUGCUUUUGUAACGCCGGACAACCACAAAGUGUUGGUAGUGAUGAACGAGAACACGGAAGCAGCUGAAUUCCAGGUGCAAGUUGGUGAUGCUGUGUUAGACACGGAGGUGUUGCCGGGAGCUAUCCAAACGUAUGUCUGGUAG